AUGUCAUAAGCAGAAUCGGGAUAACUUGCAGAUUCAUGUAGAACUGCUCAUACUAUAAAAUCAAUUUUGAAAAUUUCUAAAAAGGACAAAGGACUAAUGGAAACUCGAAUAGAUUCUAUUGGAAAUAAAAUUGUAAAAGGAGGAAAUCAUAAAAUUACUUUUAAGCCAGUUUCAUAAAGCCCUGUCACUAAAAAUUUAAUGAAAAACAAAAUAUAAAUAGAAAGUGAUUCAUCAGAUUCAGAAUGCGAAAUACAAUAAUACAAUGUUAACUAAAAUAUAAAAAAGACGAAUGAAGAGCUAAAGAAUAAAAAUUAAAAACCAGAACCAUAAAUUAGUAAUGAAUCAAAAUGUUGUAUAAUAUUCUGA